UUUCUUGAAUAUUUUAUGUACUAUGAGUGUUUGAAAUAUAUACUUCCAUUCCAGGGUGCUAGAGCAUGUUUUCUUCGUGACAUACCAUUUUCAGCAAUUUAUUUUCCUGUUUAUGCUCAUACAAAACUAAAGUUUGCUGAUGCAGAUGGGCACAAUGGACCUGGAUCACUUUUAUUAUCUGCUGUUAUAGCUGGUGUUCCUGCAGCCUAUUUAGUAACACCAGCAGAUGUUAUUAAAACGAGACUUCAAGUUGCUGCUCGAGAAGGCCAAACAACAUAUUCUGGUGUAGUUGAUGCAUGCAGAAAAAUUUGGCGUGAAGAGGGUGGUUAUGCAUUUUGGAAAGGAGGCCCUGCAAGGGUUUUCCGAUCGGCUCCUCAAUUUGGUUUUACUUUAUUGACAUAUGAGAUUUUGCAAAGGCUGUUUUACAUUGAUUUUGGAGGAAGGAGGCCAACCGGCUCUCAGACUAAAGUCCCAGUCCAUGCAGGAGAAAUACGAUCUACAAAUCCUGAUCAUGUAGGAGGUUAUCGUUUAGCUAAUGCCACCUUUAGUGGCAUGGAAACAAAAUUUGGUCUUUUCCUCCCAAAAUUUAGGACGCCCAAUCAAAAUAUAUAAUUGCUUGCUAAAAAUUAAAUUUUAGUCCUUAUAAUCCAAUUAAAAUUAGUUCAUAGACUCCUAUUCAACAAUGAAGUUUUCAGGUUAGAGAACAUAAUAUCAAGCUGUUAGAAAUCAAUUUUUCUACACUGACUAAAAUGAAAAGAAUUGCUUCUAAUCACAUAAAUCUAGUAAAAAUCCUAAUGAGACAGCAAAGGGUGUUGAAAGAAAAUUGAAAUGCUCAUUUAUACAGUGCAGUGCUAUAAAAAUUGGAGUAGUGAUUUUUAAUCCUCUAACGCUUAGCUUGGUUAUGCUAAGUCUGUUUGCUACUUCAAAAUAGAUUGUAAAUAAACUUAUUUUUGUGAAUAUAGUAUACUUCUGUUUUCAAAGGUGAAAGGUAAGAGGAAAACAUUCUUUGCACUUAGAUGGAAUUCUUCAAUCCUUCAGCAUUGUGUGAUUUCAAGUAUUGUGUUCUAAAGUUUGCUUCUAUCUAUUCGUAUGCUAGUGUUUCGGAAUGUUAUGGUAUGUUUCACAUACAGGAAAUGCUGCACAGGAUUUUUUCUUAGAUGGGCAUGCAAUCCCUGCUCAAGAAGCGUUUCUGGUUUGUUAAUAGGCAUAAAAAAAUCCUGAAGGAAUGUUACAGAAAUAAUGUAAAAUUAACUUUUCUUGCUCUCUCACCUUUGCAAUUGAAAUUUUGCUCAAGAAUAAUGCAUAUUUAGUUUUGAUAAAAAAAAAUUCAUGUAUACCUGUUACACAUCACUAAACUGCUUGAAAAGAACAAAGUGCAAAAUUUGCUUGAGCAUAAUUAUGAAAAUUAAUUAUUAAAAUAUUUUAUGACUGCUUAUAAAUUCUUAAAUUUUUUCAUGUUAUAAUAACUGCAUUUGCAUAAAAUAUAUAAAAAAUUUUUUAAACUUUAAAUGAACUUAAUUUUAUGUAACUUAAGAGUUUAUAUUCUGUAGUUGAAUUGUUUAAUAUAAAAGGCAAUGACAAACAUUUUUUUUUUUUUUCCCUCUCUCUUGUAGAAUUAGUUUUUGUACAAUUAUUUCAUUCCUACACUUGUGUGAAGUAGCUAUAUAAUUUCAGUUCAGCGAUUCGUCUUUCUGAGCAGGCUUCACUGUUAAUAUCAGUAUUUUUUGUUUCUAACAUUUUGUUAUGUCUAUUAUUUGUAGUCAUUGCUUUAGUCCGUUAUUCAUAUAUAUGAGUUAUAAAAAAUACCUCAUAAUUUACACAAGUUGUUACAAAUUGUCUUGUACAUGUUGAUUUUAUUUCAGUCUUUUUAAGAUUAGUAAAUAUUGAAUUGGGAGGGUUAAUCCUGCAGAUUACUAUAAAUUAUAAUGCUAGGCCAUUUUCAAUUUAACAUUAGUCUUUCAUCAUGUUAAUGGCUUUCAUAUCAUGGUUUUCUGGUCAAAAAAGUAACUUAUAAUUGAAUAUUUGUAAAAUAUACAUUAAAAAAUCCUCUACUGCAAUUAUUAUAUGUUUGUGUUGUGUAUGUUUUGAUUAUAUUGCUCAUUAAAUAUAAUUUUUAUAUAAUUUAAAUUUCAAUAAUUUGAAGUUUUUUUUUUUUUUUUUUUUUUUUUUUUUUAGAUGUACAAACCCUACUUAAAAUAAAUUUCUUUUAACAAUUGAAAGUUUGUUUAAUGCUUUCAAAUUCCUUUUCGUAAUCUAGUCGUACAGAAAUCUAAAAUUUAGAGUAUUCAAAUAGGGCAAUUUAUUUUUUUCCCUUUUUCUAGAUGCUUCACAUAUACAAAGAUGUAAAUUAUCUGUAAAGAUCUCAUUAAAGUUACUUUUUAAAUAUAA